AUGAAAACGUUAAUUUUAUUUUUAAAAAUUACUACAUUCCUUCUUUUAAUUUGGAUGUAUUUAUGUUUUCAUAAGUGUUAUUCCUAUAAAACAUUGAUAGAUAAAAAUAUAUUGCAAAUAAAAAAUGAGUUAAAAUAUGAAAGAGUAUUAACAGAGGGUGACAUAGCAGGAAAAAAGC